AUGGGGAUCCGUCAGUAUGAACUAGACGAUGCGCCCCAAGCUAGUGCCUCAGAUCGGAUCGUGGCACGGUUUGGGCGUCUUCACAUUCUUGAUGACCUCAUUCGAUUGCGAGCCGAAGACAUUGUUCAACAUCCUAUUCUCGCCUACCCCAAGCCAUCCAACAAUGACAGCGCCUCGUAUGAGUACUUCACGGGACAGGACCUGGAUUGCAUGAUUGACCAGGCAGUAUGUACCCUGAUGGAUUGCGGGUUCAAGCCGCCCCGGGGUGGACAGGCAGUUGUUGCUCUGUUCACACUCUCGGAUAUGCAUAUGGUGGUCACAUUCUUCGCACUCAGCCGUCUAGGGUACACGGUGAUGAUGCUGUCGCCCCGACUUUCGGCAGCGGCCUGUGUAUCACUUCUCGACGUCGUCGGCUGUGACACCAUCCUCUAUGGCCAAACCUCUAGUAUCCGGGCAACAAUGGGCGAGAUACUUCGCCUCAAGCUGGUAGCAUGCCGUCCUUUGAUUCAGAGACCUUCACUCCAAGAUACACCUGACUCCACUGUCAUGGUACUUCAUCGCAGCCGGAACCCAGAGAUCCAGAAGAACAAGACCGCCUUGAUCCUUCAUUCGUCCGGUUCGACUGGCACGCCCAAGCCUCUUUUCCUAAGUCACAAGGCCUUGAUGACUCACCCGACACGAGGCCCAGGGCUUACCUCCUUCAAUUCCCUGCCCUGGUACCACCUUCACGGCCUAUCAACCGCGCUCCAAGCUAUGUAUAUGAAGAAAACCGCUUUCAUGUGGGACGCCUCUCUGCCGCUCACUGCCACCUCGGUGGUCAAUGCUCUCGAGGCUGCGAGGCCGGAAUCAGUUCAAGGUGUGCCAUAUAUGCUUCAGCUCCUAGUAGACAGCCCUAGGGGGCUGGACGCCCUCAGAGGCUGCAAGCUUGUCACAUACGGAGGAGCCCCCUGCCCUGAUGAGCUGGGCGACAAGAUGGUAGAAGAGAAGGUGAGAUUCGGAGGAUCCUUUGGUUUAACCGAAGCUGGCUUGGUCGCCGAAUCCAUUUCUCGCCCACACGGCGACCCAUAUUGGAACUAUAUGAAGUUCUUCGAAAACAUAAGACCCUAUAUCUGGAUGAAACCCAUCAGUGAUAGCCUCUACGAAUGCGUUUACCUUUCUGGACAUCCAGCCUUGACCACAUCCAACUCGGAUCAGCCACCCGGCUCCUACCAUUCCAAGGACGUUUUCACACCGCACCCGCAAAUCCCAGAGCGGUGGAAGUAUGUCACACGCUUGGACGAUCGCAUCACACUCGUGAAUGGAGAGAAAGUGCUCCCGUUGCCCAUUGAAGGAUCCAUCAAACAGAACCCGCUCAUCCAGGAAGCGGUCGUCGUAGGUGUGAGUCGCAGUGUACCAGGCCUCUUGGUCUUCCGAUCGGAGGAGGCGAAAUCCUUCUCCGAUCAGGAAUACAUGGACCUGAUCUGGCCUGCUGUCCAGGAUGCAAACUCAAGAGCAGAGCAGUUCUCACAGAUCUCUCGUGACAUGGUUCUUACACUGCCGCCUGACGCCGUCUGUCCUCGUACCGAUAAAGGCUCCAUGAUCCGAGCCCAGGUUUACACCAAAUACGCCGAUACGAUCGAUUCAUUGUACACCAAGCAGGAAAACAGUGCGGAUGGCUCUCUCGAACUUGACGUCGGAAGCACUGAAGAGCAUCUGACGAAACUUUGCCGUGAUGAGCUGGGAUUUGACAUCUCCAGCUCAGAGGCAGAAUUCUUCGCGGAGGGACUCGAUAGUUUGAAAGCAAUCCACCUGCGCCGUCUUAUCCUCAGAGACUUUCGCAUUGAAGACAGCAAAGAUAUUGGUCAGAAUGUCGUCUUUGAGACCGGGACUGUCUCCAGACUGGCGGAGCAUAUCCAUGCUGUCCAAUCGGGCCAAGAGACGAAAGCGACUGAUGAUGUAUCAUUGAUGCCUGGAUUGAUAGAGAAGUACUCCUCCUUCGGCAGCCAUGACCCCAGGGCUCAAAUGGUCCCGACGAAUAGGAGUGUUAUCUUGACCGGCGCGACUGGCUCUAUGGGAGCACAUACACUUUGUAGACUUGUGAACGAUGAUUCGGUCUCUGCAGUGUACUGUCUGACACGCAGAAGCAAUGCCAAAGAGGCAAUCAUCGACACCUUGGAGCAAAAGGGACUCGUGGUUCCAAGUUUCCGCAUGAAGAAGAUCAUCGCACUCAACAGUGCUCUGGACGAGCCAAAUUUCGGCUUGAGCCAGAGCAUGAUCGAUGAGAUGAAAAAUUCCGUGUCCCUGAUCAUCCAUACGGCAUGGCCGGUCAACUUCCAUCUGCCGCUGUUGAGCUUCGAGCCACACAUCAAGGGUCUAUACAACCUAAUCAACUUCUCACUCUCUGUGAACCUCUCUGCGCCAGCCGUCCUUCUCUUCUGCUCCUCAAUUUCCACAGCACUGGGCUCGAAGACCUCCGAAGUCAACGAAGCUCCUAUCGAGGACCUUAGUAGUGCCUUGGAAAUGGGCUACGGUCGGUCAAAACUCAUCGGCGAAAAGAUAGUCAGCAACGCGCGGAAAGCAGGCGCCCGGUCGUACUCCCUCCGUAUCGGCCAAAUCUCUGGACACUCGAAGAAGGGUCUCUGGAACGACUCUGAAGCUCUUCCGUUGAUGAUCCGAUCGGCCCUGACGCUCAAGUCCCUACCGGAGAUCGACACGACAUGCUCCUGGCUUCCCGUCGACAAGCUCGUCGCCUCGAUGCUUGAAAUUGCCAAGGCUUGCUCAAGCAAGUCAGCAGAAGACCAAGACACGAAUGAAGACGAUACAAUCUACAACUUAUCCAACUCUCGCACCUUCGAGUGGUCUGCGCUUCUCGACACUCUGCGACAGAACGGGUUCAAAUUCGACACCGUCCCAUUCGAGCGAUGGCUGGAGCUACUGCGAGAGAGUGAAGCACGAGGAGAAGAACUGGUGAAUCCCGCCGUCAAGCUGGCAGAUCAUUACGAGGCAAUGUACGGCGAAAAUUCUCUGACGCCGCCGACAUUCACCACGGACAAGGCCGAGCGGGACAGUAUGACCCUGAGAAAUGGUCGUCUGCGGAUCAUCAAGGAUGGAAUUUUAGGCCGGUAUGCGCGAGAUUGGUUGAGCCGCUGGCAGACGGCCUGA